AUGAAGAUUGCAACGGCGGUUUUUGCUGUUGGCGUCUUCGCCGAUAGAGAGCGAAGAGGAGCAGGCUCCCUCGAGGAGUGCAAAAGCUACUGCGAUGACGACUAUGACUACGGAAUCCUCACGGCUGAACAGCAGUCUAGUUGCCUGAGCGAAUGUGACGCCAUCCACGGUGUCUCAAUUACCAGCGGCGGGGACGCCGAUUUCUUGCAGUGCGAAGUCUACGAGAUCGAUCCCUUCAACUUCUGUUGCCCAGCUGGCAUCGAUGUCAACAACUACUGGCCAGUUGAAAAGCCGACUCAGCGAGGUCAUCGACCCGUCGAACCUGACCAGCAAUGUCCUACCGGAUGUAAAAUUGCUAGAGAGAUCGAUCAGUUCGUUUGCGCUUUUUACCAGCGAGUUAGCGAACUUGAGACUAUCCUCGUCGACCUGGCCAAUGCGCUCAGCUCCGAUCUCGAUGGAAUCAUGGAACUGCGACAGCAAUUUGUUCGUCGUUACCGCGAAGUCAGCAGUAAAAGCCAGCGUUCCAUCGAGAAGAUCACUGAAAUCGGCGAGACCUUUAUCGAUAUCGUCAAGCUAGGUCUCGAGAAUGAAGAUCUUAUCGAUGAAGUCACCAAGGAGAUUUCUGACGGAGAGAAAGAGGCCGCGAUCGCCAAAGCCGCCAUGGCCAAGCUCAAGGACUUCUGCAAAAUCGGUAAGCAGUGUGUGAAGCAGAGCUACUUCCCUCCAGAACUCUUUGGGGGCAUUAAAAAGGACUGCGCCGACUACUACAAGCAGCCAUUCUGGACCUCAGCGAAUGCCGAUGAAGUGUGGAACAACCUUCCUCAGUCCGGUGUGUACCAAAUUCAGCCCAACGACAACAUUGAUCCGUUCUUCGUCUAUUGCGAUCAGAAAACUGCUGGAGGUGGAUGGACUCUCAUUCAGCACAAUGGUAUUUCUCGAAAGGAACUUUGGGAAGAAUACAGUACUGGCCAGAAGCAACUCAAGACAGAUUGGAAUAGAAACUGGGCAAACUACAAGGCUGGGUUCGGUCACAUCGCAUCAAAUGGCGAAGCUGAUUUCUGGCUUGGUUUGGAGCGAAUGCAUGUUCUCACAAAUCCUAAGAAAAAUGGCGGUCAACAGACGUCCCUUCGAAUUGAUAUUGUCGACUGGGAAGGUGAAGAGUACUUUGGCGAGUAUAGCAAGGCUAUUAUCCAGGGCGAGAGUAGAGACUACCGACUCAUCGUCGAUAAUUUCAGCGGUGUUGGCUCUUACUCUAUUGGCGAUGCGCUCGAAGGUGUUGCUUUCGGAGGUGACCCAAGGCAAAAGGCACACACUCGACAGAAAUUCAUGAAGUUCUCCACCCACGACAGAGACAACGACAAGCUCUGUGCCUGGUCGAAAAACAAUAUGAGAACUGUUUUCGGACAACGAAUUCCCAUUUUCAGCGCAGACGAUGAAGCCGCCCAAUGUUUGGAAGUUGCUGAGAAGUUCAGCGAUUGGGAAGAAAAACUCACCAAGUGGGGCUCGUGCUCUCAACAAGAUGGUGCUGGCUUCUGGUACAAUCGAUGCUCGGCUGGUAAUCUUAACGGACGAGUUUACGGCGAGUCUGGAACUGGCUUCUACGAGCUUAAGACAAUCGAGUUGCAGGAUGGCAUCAGCAUGAUGGAAAAAGACCACGACGAUGGUCUGAUCUGGGCUUCGCUUGGACGAGGACGAGACUACUCAUUCAUGAUGGCUGAGAUGCGAGUCCGACCCAAGGACUUCGUGGGCUACUCAGCAACUGCGGGUCUUGAUAUGCUUCGAAACGGCCGAUUGAUGGACGAAAACAAGGCCAAAAACCAUUAG